AUUAAACAGCUGUGGCAGUAGGUGAGAGGGCGACCUUUUCUGCUUAAUUAGAUGUUUAUGCGAGUGAGUAGAAGCGUCAAGACAAUUUGUAGAAUGGCUCGUGUUGCGACAUGGACAGCGACACCGGCACGCUAGGGGCGGCGUGCUGCCAGUAUGUUAGAGGAGGAGAACUGACGACACGGGCUCGGCCGCUCGGCUCAGUCAGUAUCAGUAAGUGUCGUCUAGUGUACAUGGUUACAAGCCGAGAUACUGUCAAUAGCAGUAUGAAGAUAUUUAUGGUUCCAAUAGCUGUUUGUACGGCCUUACACUUUGUGAACGCCGCCAUUCUGAUUCCAGAAGAACUACCUACCAUUACUGGAAUCCUGUACUCUAUUCUACCACCAAUCAAAAUAGGUCAAGAUUCCAGAGUUGGUUUCGGAUUCCGUAUAGGACCUAAUGCUGAUGCGCAAGUGUUGGUGGAACUGGGGCCUCAAACAAAUACAACCCCUCUGGGUGCUAACAGUGAGAAACGACAGACCAAAGGACCCGCAGAGAGAGUUCGCCAGAGAGACAAGUUAUUCAAACAAUGGCUGGAGAUGAUGAGAAAUAGAUUAAACCAUGCAAUUUCUUCUAAUGUCGUAACGACAAACAACAAUGAAACAAAAUACGAUUAAACCAACAUUAUCAUUACGUCAUUAACACUGUCAAAAUAUACAUUUUUAUAUAUUA